GAGAUUUGGCAACGGGGCGGGGUUGAAUAUUUUCCUCCAGGAAUAUUUUGGGCGAAAUAUUUUGAAAGGGGCGUGGCUUUUAGGGCUCGGAAGGGGCGGGGCUGGGCCCGGGCUGGCUGGGACGGCCGGAGGAGCUACCGGACACGUGGGCACUGGCAGGCUGGGGCGCCCGGCGGUGGCCGGCCCCCCAGCGGCUCUGGGGCCCGGCUCCAUGCUGGUGGUGGAGGUGAAGGCCGGGCAGGCCCUGGUGUGGAGCGCCGAGGCCGCCCGGACGCUGCGGGAACGGCUGGGCGUGGGGGGCCGGCCCGUGGGGAGCCUGGCUCGGGGGCCCCGGCAGAACGCGCGCCUCGGCCUCCCGCUGCUGCUGCUGCCGGAGGAGGCCCGGCUGCUGGCCGAGAUCGGCGCCGCCACGCUCGUCACCGCGCCGCGCCGAGAAUCCGGCCCGCAGGCCCAGGCUGCCGCUGCUUACCGGCGGGAGCAGGAGGCUGGGUUCCGGGAGCAGCGGGCCCUGGCGGCCGAGGCCCGGCAGAAGCGCCUGAAGGACCUGGCCGAGCACAUUGCCCGAGGCCGGGCCAAGAAACAGCGGGGGCCUCCGGAGUCGGGGCAAGGAGAGGAGGGAGGUGAGGGGGAGGGCCUUUGGGGGAGGGGGCCAGGAGUGCCUGCACCCGUUCCACCUCGCCCGCUUUGCUCUUCCCCUUCUCCCAGCAGGCCUGCAGCCCCCUUUCCCAGAACUGCCAUGCUGGUCCAGCUGCCCACGGCUCGCCCCCGGCCAGCCUGGGCCAGGCCCCUGGACUGGCACCACCCAUCCCCGGAUUGGCCCCAUGCUGGAAACCCGGCUCAUGAGCUUCGCUACCGAGUCUACAAGGACCUGUGGGAAAGGGGCUACUUCCUCACCUCGGGGGGCAAGUUUGGGGGCGACUUUCUGGUCUAUCCAGGCGACCCCCUUCGCUACCAUGCCCACUUUGUGGCCCAGUGCUGUGCCCCCGGGGACCCCCUCCCGCUGCCGGACCUCGUCUGUGCCGGACGUCUUGGGACCAACGUGCGCAAGACCCUGCUCCUGUGCUCCCCCCAGCCUGACGGCUCUGUGGCCUACACCUCCCUGCACUGGGCUGGCCUGCCAUGACCGGGGAGGGGGCCGGAGGCCUGCCCCGAGCCUUUGGACCGGCUCCUGGUGCCAUCUGAAUCCAGACGUGCUCCUUGGACUGCAGGAGGAGAGGGGGAGCCGCCUUUUACUGCUUAACCCGGAUCAAAACCUCCGGAUGGGUGCUGACCCUGGGCGCUGGGCCCUCCCAGGAGGCUGAGUCAGCUCCAGCCUUCCCUACAGCUUCCCUCUGGCCUCAGUCUCCUCAUCCCUAAAAUGGGGACUGCAAUAAGGGGCCUAGGCCUCCUCUUCCCCCAUUACAUUAAUCUGAGACAGACAGCUGAACGUUGCAUUGCCGGGAGGGGAUCCUGAAGACCUGAGUUCUACUGUGCCCUUAGACCUGUUCUGGCUGUGUGGUCCCGGGCAAGUCAUUUCCCCUUAUUCUGGGUCAGGAAAAGGGGCUAGCCCCUACUUCCCAGGAUUGCUGUAGAGACUAGCCGAAAUCAUUACUGGAAAGCACUUCCCGCAGUGACUGGCACGCAGUACGCGUGGUGGAAAUGGCAGUAUUUUGCUGUGAUUGUCUUCACAUGUCGACAUUUGGGGCCCUUCUCCCUCCUAUUUGUCCCUCUCUGGACCCUGGGAGCAGCCUAGCCCCAGAGCCCUUGCCGAGUCCUGAGACGAUCUGCUGAACACGACGUUGUCUCAUUGUUUGUUUUGUUUUUAACUUUUAUUUUAAUACUACGUUAUUUCUCCAAUUACAUUCUCUUGCUGUCGUGGUUGUCGCAGAUUCUUUUUUUUUUUUUCUUUAAACUUUUAAUAGUGCUUUGUUUUCCCAAAUAGUUUUCAACAUAUAUUUUGGCAAAACUUUUGUGUUCUAAGUUUUUCUUCCUCUCUCCCUCCCCUCCCCCUCCCCGAGGUAUCGAGCAAUCUGGUGUAGGUCAAAUAAUUGCCGUCCUUUUAAACAUUUCCUUAUUAUUUGUUGUGUUGUGCAUGGAGAAUCGACCAAAAAGGAAAAAACAAACCCGUGAGAAAGAAAGAGUAAAAGGUAAAAAUCCUGUGCUCUGAUCCACUUCCGGUCGCCACAGUUCUCCCUCUGGAUGUGACUGACUUUUCCUAUUCCAAGUCUAUUGGACUUGCCUUGAAUCAGUGGUUUGCUGAGAAGAGCUAACUCCGGCACAGCUGACGUCACAUCAUCUUGUUCCUAGUACAAUCCAACAUUCAUUUUGGUGAGAUUUUCAGUUCCAAUUUCUCUUCUGCCUCCAUUCCCCACCU